ACCUACUAAAUUUCAAACUCCUCGCUCCUCCUGCCAAAUUUCUCCGAGAUCGACCAGCCUGGCUUCGCCACUCGACUUGUCCGUGGUAUUGGUAAGCCAGGCUGGUCACGAGCCUAUGCAUACAUACCAUUUUACGAUAUUCACCAUCAUGAUUUCCACCUCUUGCCAUAUUGUUUCUCGUCUGGCCAUCACGGGCGCUUUAUCUGUGGGCUUUUUCAACCAAGCUGUCCUCCGUCCAAUUCGAUCCGGACCAAGGACGGGUUCCGCCAACCGAAUGGUCGCAUCGGUCUGCACGACGACCGUCAUUCUCGUCAUCGCCGCCCACAGAACCGCCGGUAAAAUUCUGAGCGGCGAGAUCGGUGCGCCAUCAACCGGCGAGCUCACAGAUACUGUUCCAACAGCACCGGAUGGCCCAGCGCGAAAAUUAAAUCAAGAGACUCGCCCGGUCGCGAUUUUAUCUUCACUGCAAUCCCAGACUCCAUCUUUUCCAUCUUCUUCUUCUUCAUCUUCUUCUUCAUCGUCACCUGUACGCGAGUCGACACCCAGCAUCACUAUCCCACUCGAUUUGUCGAAUUCCACUUCCGAAUGUACAAGCCUUUCGACCACACUCAAUACUACACUCGAUUUGUCUCCACCUAUCUCCAAAUGUAACCGGAUCUCUAUCACAUCUGUCACUACCCUCAUAGCCCACGACGACGACUCGAAGGACGUCUUCACUGACGAAGCCUUGGACACCAAAGACGUCGAGUUGUUUGAUGACGAAAGGACUAUCGACUCGGAUGAGGACAACUAUACUAUUCCACACACUAUUCCACACACUAAGGACGACCACCAGGUCGACAGUCUAUCCCCCAGUCUUACUAUCCACAAUGGUUCGUCUCCGCCGAAACUGCGGCCACUUUUUCUGGUCGACAAAUUCCGGACGACGCUCACGAAUACUACCACUAACCACUCUCGUUCUGGAUCUGCCCACAUCACGGACACCUUACUUCAGAAGACGAAGGCCGCCAACUCCCUCCACAGUGGUCUGUCCGUUACCGCCGGCAACGAUUUCAGCAAAAACUUGGAGGACGCCUUCACUGACGAAGCUUUGGACGUCGAAGAUAUUAAGUUAUCUGGUGACAAAAGGACCUCCCAUGAGGUGAGUAUCGUAACUUAGAUUUGCAUCGCCUAACAUUUUGGUUGCUAUAGGACAAACACGCUACACCGGACAACUAUACUACGCCGGACAACUAUACUACGCCGGACAACUAUGCACACACUACCACACGCGAUACACACGACCAUCACAUCAACAUCCUACCCCCCAAAACGACAACUCUUACUGUCGACAGUGCCCCAUCUCGUCCCCCGAACCUUCAGCCCCAGACAAC